AUGGGCAAAAAAAGACGCGGUCCCUCUCUCGAGGAGCUCCUUGAUCGCCCAUGGUGCUAUUACUGCGAACGUGACUUUGACGACCUGAAGAUCCUCAUCUCUCAUCAGAAAGCAAAACAUUUCAAGUGUGACAACUGCAAUCGCAGGCUGAAUACCGCUGGAGGUCUAUCCGUGCAUUUGAGCCAGGUCCAUAAGGAGCAAUUGACUCAGGUCCAAAAUGCGCUGCCAAACCGCAUGGGUGUCGAUAUUGAAAUCUUCGGCAUGGAGGGUAUUCCUGAGGACGUCCUCAAGGCCCACCGGCAGCGUGUUGCUUCACAGUUUCAGCAGGCCGAGCUGGAUCGCCAGCAUGCGACAGGAAACCCUCCUACUGGGGCGUCUUCUGGCGGCCAGCCGACAAAGAAGCCCAAGCUCGAACCUGUUUCAGAUCUCAAGAAGCGACUGGCUGAACACAAGGCCAGGCGUGCAGAGGCACUUGCCGGAGGUAGCAGCGGCGAUGUGACACCCACUAGUGCGGUUCAGUCUACACCAACACCCGGUGGAUAUGUGAGCGCAAUCACCUCCGGUCGCAGCCACUCCGCAAUACUCCUUACCCUCAGCCCUACGGUGGCCCCCCCUGCUGGUGUGACACCUCAUUUCCCGCAGACUGGAAGUCCUGUCUAUUCAAGCUACUCCCCAGUUGGUGGACAGCAGGUCCCUGGUGCCUCGCCUUACACCCCGACCGGAUAUCCCUCACCAUACCCCGCUGGACUUCCUGCACAGCCACCAGUGUCCUAUGGGGCUCCUCCUUUGCCCCAACAGCAACCUCCACCAUCCGAUAACAGAUUUACGGGCCUACCGGCCGCCUCGAAUCUUCCCCAGCGUCCUGCUUUUGCUGUACCUUCGGUCAACGCGCACGAAAUGCAACAGAUGCAUAUGGGACAUGUCCCGUCCCCCACCCCCGCAGCUCCAGGUCACUCUAAUGGAUCCAGCGCUCAACCAACUGAGCAUGUCUCCACACCUGUUGACAAUCAGAUUUCAGGCGCAGCCAAUGACGUGGCCUCGAAGACAGAGGCUCCUAGCAAACCCAAGAAAGAAAAGACCAAGCCUGCGAUCCGAUUGGUCUACAACGAAGAUACGCUCAGUCCGGAGGAGAAGAUGGCGCAACUACCUCGAUAUGCAUACGUCCCAGACCGAAGCACGCAAACCGCCCUCGGCGAGCUCCCCGGCAACGUAAUCGUGGGCCGCAUUCAAGAGUCCGACACGGUUCUCGAUACGACACAUUAA